UUUAUUUUAUACUAUAUAUGAUACUGAAUCUGCAAGCUAUUUUGUUUUAAAGAAUGAUUCUAAUGCUGCUUUAAUUGAGACCAAGAAAGGAGUUGAUUAUGAAACAACAAAAUUCUUAAAACUGGUGGUAGUUGUCCAGAAUUGUAUUGAGGUCACAUAUAAUGCUUCAUGUCCUAAAUCUCCCUCUCCUGAUAUACUCAACAAAAUGAAUGUAGAUGUUGUCAUUCAAGAUGCUGAUGACAAUCCACCAAUAUUUACUGAAAAAGCAUUUAGUAAAGCUAUUAUAUUUGAUAUUUCUAAAGAAGAAAAAAUAUUAGAGUUGGAAUAUUAUGUGAAUGAUGCAGAUACUGACCCAAAGAAUAAGCAGCAUAAAUAUUUCAUUGAAUCCUUUGAAUACUUUGGCAAUGAUGCAUUGAAACAAUUGAAGACUCCCUUUGAAAUAAGAAAUAGUGGUAUUUAUCGAAAAGCAGAUCUUGAUUCAAGUGUCAGUGGAUAUAUUCAAAUGCUUAUUAAGGCUAACGACACCAAUGGCUUGGAUACUACAGCUACUGUUAAGAUUCAUAUUUUAUCUGAAGCUAAUGAGGUCAAAAUUGUAUUUACAAAGGCAAUUGACGAAGUUAGGAGUCAAAACCCAGAAUUUAUAAAAUUUCUUCAAUCAGUUGUGGGAGAGGAAUAUGAAAUUGUUCCUGGCAAACUUGAUGUCCCCCAAAAUGGUCAAGGUGAACCUGAUCCUCUAAGGACAAGUCUGGUUUUAUUUGCAGUUAAAAAUGCAACUAAAAAGGUAGUUCCUCCUAAAGAGCUUCUAAAAAUCCUUGAUACGCAAACAGUUUUAAAUGCAGAGAAGUUUCAAGAUUUCUCAGUAGAGAAUGUUAAGGAAACUGAACCACCUACAGUUGUUAACAACGAUGAAAAGAAUUUCAUAAUUUUUAUUGCGGUCAUUGCAGUGUUGGUUUGCAUAUUGAUCAUUACGAUUAUUCUAUUUUAUGCAAGUAAUCGCAGAUAUUCCAGGAAAUUAAGAGCAGCUAAAACCACUGUAUAUGGUAAGUUGUUUUAAUGUCUCUGUCUUUGGUUUGGAAUGGAUGCAAUGUCAACCUUUUGGCUGCAAAGUUGACCUUUGAGAUGUCCUGUAUCUGUGGAUAUGA